AUGACUGCUAUAAAAAGGAUUAUGGACGCGAAAACGCAAUUGCUUCAAGCCGCCAGCAAUGGAGACGUCGAAAUGGUACAGGCGGCGUUGGAUGCAGGAGCCGACAUCGAAACCCGCGACUCUCAUCAACGCACUCCAUUAUUGCUGGCAGCCUCUGCAAAUCAUCUCGACGUCGCCAGAGUCCUCGCUACCGCGGGCGCCAGCCCCAACGCUCAGGACACCACAUUGGCCAGCGCGUGGCUCGUGACAGGCGUCACCGGGAGCGUCAGUAUGAUGCGUGCCCUCUUGCCAGCCAAGCCCGAUCUGCGUCUGCGGAAUCGCUAUGGCGGUGUCAGCGUCAUCCCGGCGUCUGAACGGGGCCACGUCGAUUAUGUCCGUGCGGUGUUGGAAGAGACUGACAUCGAUGUGAACCAUGUCAAUAAUCUGCACUGGACUGCUCUCCUCGAAGCGGUGAUUUUGGGAGAUGGAGGUCCGAAACACCAAGAAAUCGUCAAGGUUCUCCUCGAGCACGGCGCUGAUCGGACCAUUGCUGACAAGGAUGGUGUCACUGCGUUACAACAUGCCGAAAGACUUGGGUAUUGGUCUAUGGUCGAUAUUCUCAAAUCGUAG